AUGCUCAGGUCAUCUCUGCGCAGCCAGCCGGUAUUCUCGGCCGCGCGCUUCUACUCAACAGGCAAACCGGACAUCAAGCUCGUCGCUGAGCUGCGCAAGCGCACCGAGGUCUCGCUCACGAAAGCGCGCGAGGCGCUCGCCGCGUCCGGUAACGACGUCAACGCUGCGCUCGACUGGCUCGAGCAAGACCUCGCGGUCUCCGGCGCGAAGAAGGCCGCGAAGCUCGAGGGGCGCACCGCGAACGAGGGCCUCGUGGGCGUGUGCGUGCUGUCCGCCGGCUCAGGCUCGGGGCAGGGCGCGGGGAGGGGGAGCACGCGCGCGGCAAUGGUCGAGCUCAACUGCGAGACCGACUUUGUCGGGCGGAACGAGCUGUUUGGGCGGCUGCUCGCGGACAUCGCGCACACCGCCGCCUUCAUCGCGGAGCCCGCGGACUCGGAGGACCUCCUCGUGCCCUGCCCACUGGACAUGCUCCACGACGCGCCCCUCAUCUCGAGCACGGAUCCGAGCGUGCAGGCGCGCGCGACGGUGGCAAGUGCUAUACGGGAUACUAUCGCUAAGGUGGGCGAGAAGAUCUCACUCCGGAGGGCGGUCACUGUCGCGCGGCAACCGUUUGCGUCGAACGAGCUUGGCCUGCGCGUCGCGUCGUACGUGCACGGUUCAGUCGGCCUGCCUUCUCAAGGUCGGAUAGGCACGCUUGCCCUCCUUGCACUUAAAUCGAAUAGUCUACGCGAUGUGCUCUCGAAGCCAGACUUCCUCGCUGACCUCGAGAAGUUGGAGCGGUCUAUUGCCAGGCAAAUUGUCGGAUUCGAUACGCAGAUGAUCCAGUCGUCCUCCGGAGAGGAGACGGAGACAGCGCUGUACCAGCAGCCGUUCAUGAUGUUCGCGGACAACCCUCAGGGAGAAAACGUGGAACAGGUCCUUAGACGAUGGGCAAAAGAGAAGGGAUUGGCGACCAAUCCGGAAUCGGAGGGACUGGAAGUGAUAGAGUUCAAGAAAUGGUCGGUCGGGGGAGACGAGGUGUCAGCGCUGGGAGCAUGA